AUGUCUACAGUCGAGACAAUUACCCAAGUUAUCACGCAGUCGCUUCCUGCAUCGCUGGUCCUGCGUCCUCAGCCGGCCCCAGUUGCGCAGAACAAUGAGGCUGAUAAGGGAGAUCCCUACCGAUACGCCCAUCUCCUUCCAGUCUUCCCGCAAGACGAGCAUUACCCGCCUCUGACCCCAUUCGAUCAUGUCGAUCCCGCUUCGCGUGCUCUUAAUCAUCCAAACCCCCGGUCCUUCCUGGACAAUUCCACCAGCAUUGUCCAAUUGACCCCUCAUUUGGGCGAGGAAGUGCGUGGAGUCAACUUGGCUACACUUGACAGCGAUGGGAGAGAUCAGCUUGCAUUGGAGGUUGCUAGGCGCGGCCUAAUGAUCUUCCGAGACCAACAAGAGUUUAUAGACCGCGGUCCCGAUUUCUAUCUUGAGUGGGGCAGGCACUUCGGCCGUCUUCACAUCCAUCCCACAUCAGGUCAUCCUGAGAACUAUCCGGAGGUCCAUCUUGUCUAUCGUGACGGGAAUGCCACGUACAACUUCGAGCGCGAGGACCGCAUUACUUCGACAACUUGGCACUCGGAUGUCUCUUAUGAAUUGCAGCCCCCCGGCUUGACCACCUUCUUUCUCCUCUCUGCACCAGAGACAGGAGGCGACACCGCCUUCACAUCACAGGUUGCUGCGCUUAAGAGGCUAUCUCCUCAAUUUGUCGCCUUCCUGCGCACCCUCAAAGCUAUCCACUCGGGCUUUGAACAAGCCGCCUAUUCGCGAUCGGGACGUAGAGGCGGUGUGGUCCGCCGUGAGCCUGUCCAGAACGUUCAUCCCGUCAUCAGGAAGCAUCCCGUCACAGGCGAGGAGGCUGUCUACGUCAACAGACAGUUCACCAGAAGAAUCGUCGGUCUCAAGAAGGAGGAGUCAGAUGCUAUCCUCAACCUCUUGUAUGACCAUAUCGACAAGAGCGUGGAUAUUCAAGCUCGCGUGAAGUGGCAGCCGUAUACCGUUGUGCUUUGGGACAACAGAAUCACUGCGCACUCGGCCAUCGUGGACUUCACCGUCGGAGAGCGUCGUCACGGCGCUCGCAUCACCCCACAAGCGGAGCGGCCCAUUCCUGCGCUAGAGGGCCUUAACUUAACUGCUUGA